GGCUCAAUGGGGCUCAAUGGGGUUCAGUGGGUGUCAGUGGGUGUCAAUGGGGUUCAAUGUGUGUCAAUGGGGCUCAAUGGGGUUCAAUGGGUGUCAGUGGGUGUCAAUGGGGUUCAAUGUGUGUCAAUGGGGCUCAAUGGGGUUCAAUGGGUGUCAGUGGGUGUCAAUGGGGUUCAAUGUGUGUCAAUGGGGCUCAAUGGGGUUCAAUGGGUGUCAGUGGGUGUCAAUGGGGUUCAAUGUGUGUCAAUGGGGCUCAAUGGGGUUCAAUGGGUGUCAGUGGGUGUCAAUGGGGUUCAAUGUGUGUCAAUGGGGCUCAAUGGGGUUCAAUGGGUGUCAGUGGGUGUCAAUGGGUGUCAGUGGGGUUCAAUGGGGUUCAAUGGGUGUCAAUGGGGCUCAAUGGGGUUCAAUGGGUGUCAGUGGGUCCCAUGGGUGUCAAUGGGUCCCCAGCAAUGACGGGGAGUUCGGGGUGUCCCUGAACGUCCGCGCCGUCGUCACCUCCGACGGCUCCGUGCACUGGCGCCCCCCAGCGCUGUUCCGCAGCCACUGCCCCAUCAAGGUCUCGCACUUCCCCUUCGAUUGGCAGAAUUGUUCCCUCCGCUUCCGCUCCAGCUCCUACGGCCCCGGGGAGCUGCGGCUCCGGCUCGCGGGGGACCCCGGCUCCGGGGGGGGGAGCGUGGAGCUGUCCGAGGACUUCCAGGAGAACGGGCAGUGGGAGCUGCGGCAGCGGCCGGGGCGGGCGCAGGGGCUCGGGGCCGUCUCCUUCGCGCUGCUCCUGCGGCGGAAGCCGCUCUUUUACCUGGCCACGGUGCUCGUGCCCUGCGUGCUCCUCACCCUGCUCGCCAGCGCCGUCUUCUACCUGCCCCCCGACGCCGGGGAGAAGCUGACGCUGUCGCUCUUCGCGCUCCUCACCCUCACCGUGUUCCUGCUGCUGUUGGCGGACAAGGUCCCGGCCACGUCGCUGGCGCUGCCCCUCAUCGCGCGGCACCUGACGGCCACGCUCCUGCUCCUGGCGCUCGGCGUCGCCCUCAGCGUCGCCGUCCUCAACGUGCACCACCGGGGCCCCGGCACGCACCGCCUGCCGCCCGCGCUGCACCGGCUCCUCCUCCAGCGCCUCCCCCCCCUCCUGGGCCUCCACUGCCCCCCGGCCCCGCCCCUCCCUCCGGAGCCCCGCCCCGCGGUGGCGCCCCCUGGCGGCUCGGAUGAAUACUUCCUGCGGCGGCCACGCCCCGGGGCCGGUUCCGCCCCUCCCCCCGCGCCCCUCCCCCCCCCGGAGCUGCGCGAGGCCGCGGCCGCCGUCGCCUUCAUCGCCGGGAGCCUGCGGGAGCAGCAGCGGCAGCGGGAGCUGCAGGAGCUCUGGCACCGGGCGGCGCUGGCCCUGGACCGGCUCCUGCUUUGGGCCUUCCUGGUGCUGGUGGGGGCCUGCGGGCUCGGCACCGGCCUGGACGCGGCGCUGCACCGGCCCCCUCCGGACCCCUACCCGUGA